GGUUGUACAAUGUGAAUCUUUGAAGCCACCUCUGGGAAGAUGAAGCUUCCACCAGCAGCGAUUUGGUUUGGAACGCACCUGUUUUGAGAAUACCUGGGAAUUUCCACCCGUAUUUGCCUUCUCCAGCACAACUCAGAGGACAAUGAGCUAUUUUUAUUUUUUGCAUAUUUUCACGCCAUGCAACAAUUUUUCUUCCUUCUCAUUUUGCCCAAUGGGAAAAACUGGAGCCAGCUCUGCAGCUGAUUCUUACGUUGCCACUUUCCUCUUACUGAGCCAAGUUCUUCAAACCAAAUCCACAGUGCAUCCAUUUUUGUGUGUUGGUUGUGGGAUUUUUUUUUUCUUGAUAUGACAACUGUCACUUUUUGAGUGCUUUGAAUUAUUCUGGUUUGAACCUGUCCUUUUGCAUUGCUGAGUAGUUGUAAAAUCACUCAAGGAAUUGAAUCAUUUCAGCCUUACAGAAGAUGACUCAUACGUUUCAGCAACAUUUUUAUGGCUGUGCUUGGCUCACUAAUACAGGAGUUCACCAGUAGUAAUAUGAGUUAUUGCAUUAAUUGCUGCAUACAUUUAUUACCAAAUGACUUGCACAGACACUGUUUCAGAUGCUGUGGACCCAGGCAUAAUAACCAGAAGUGUCCUGUUUGCAAAGGAGAAAAUAAGGUCCCUUUGUACACCGACAGCAAGCAGAUGAAGUUGCUUGCAGUUCUGGAAGUGAGGACUGAUCACAGUGAAAGCUGGAAUGGAUUUUUCUGCUUGAGGAAGGGGAAGCUAUGCAGCUUAAUAUUUGGGUUGAUUAUAAUGACUCUUGUGAUGGCAUCCUACAUACUGACUGGAGCCAAGCAUGGCCUCUUGUUGAUACCGUCUCCCUUUCAUUAUGGAGCUUUUAUUAGCAAUCCAAGCUUAAUGGACAAUGAAAGCCUUAGUGACAUGAAAGACCAUUACCAGCCUUCUAAAAUAAAUAUUUCAUAUGUAAAGGAUUAUCCAAGCAUUAAAUUAAUUAUUGACACUAUUACUUCAAAGAUAGAGUUCAUAACAAGACAGCGCCCUGAUUUAGAAGAGCUGAGGAAACAAGAGCCACAUAUGUUUUCAGUAAUUCCUAAUAAAUUCCUUCCAAAUAGCAAGAAUCCUUGUUGGUAUGAAGAGUACAGGGGGAACACAACCACAGACCCUUAUGCCACAAACUCCUAUGCACUGUAUUCGAGGCGCUUUCGGAUCAUCUUUGAUUACCUCAGGAAGGUGUUUUGGAACCACUUGUACCACUACAAGGACAAACACUAUCGCCUGCGCUGCCUGCCCCACUUCUACAUCAUUGGGCAGCCCAAGUGUGGGACAACAGACCUGUAUGACAGGCUCAGGCUGCAUCCAGAUGUUCGCUUCUCAGCCAUCAAAGAGCCACACUGGUGGACAAGGAAGCGCUUUGGAAUCAUUCGCCUGCGGGAUGGUUUCCACAAUCGCUACCCGGUGGAAGAUUACCUGGACCUGUUUGACUUAGCAGCUCACCAGAUUCAGGGGGUGCUGCAGAGUGAAGCAGCCAAAGAGCACGGCGAGAUGAACAACAUCAUCAUUGGGGAAGCCAGUGCCUCGACAAUGUGGGACAACAACGCUUGGAUCUUCUUUUAUGACAACAGUACUGAAGGAGAACCUCCCUUCUUAAUCCAGGAUUUUCUCCAUGCCUUCCAACCAAAUGCCAAACUCAUCAUUAUGCUGAGAGACCCCGUUGAAAGAUUGUACUCGGAUUAUCUCUACUUUGCCAGUGCCAAUAAAUCUGCAGAAGAUUUUCAUGAAAAGGUGGCAGAAUCACUGCAGCUGUUUGAAAAUUGUGUGCUGGAUUAUUCCCUGAGAGCCUGUGUCUACAACAACACCCUGAACAAUGCCAUGCCCGUGAGGUUACAGGUGGGGCUCUAUGUUGUGUAUCUUUUGGACUGGCUGACAGUUUUUGACAAAGAUCAGAUACUCGUUCUUCGCUUGGAGGAUCAUGCAUCAAGUGUGAAAUACACCAUGCACAUGGUGUUCCAGUUUCUGGAUCUGGGACCUCUAAGUGAGAAACAAGAAGCUCUAAUAACAAAGAGUCCUGCAUCAAACACUAGAAGACCUGAGGACAGAAAUCUGGGACCUAUGCUGCCAACAACAAGGGCAAUUUUAAAAGAUUUCUAUAGGCCUUUUAAUACAAAACUGGCACAAGUUCUUUUUGAUGAUGCUUUUUUAUGGAAGAGGACAUAAUAUGUACAUUUAGUGCCACAAAUACAGUGCUUAAAAAGGAGGUUUUAUUUUUUUAAAUUCUAUUUUUGUGCGUGGAUAUUUACUUUCUCCCCCCCCCCAAUUCCAAAGAGAAGCUGAUUGAGGAGUUGAGACUCUCACCUUCAGUCAGCACACUUCACUACAGUUAUACCACAUUUUCCUUGUGAGAAUGGAAAGCAUCUUGCUUGCCAGUUUAUUGCAACUUCUUUUACCCCAGCAAAAGAGCAGAGUGGAAAAGCAUUAGUACAAAGAUCUUGUCUUGCACUCUCUGUGGGGAUGUUGAAGUUUAACCUUCUCUAAGAUGCUGCAACACACAAUUAGCAUCAGUUUCCUACAGUUAGACUUAUAAUCUCAUUUUCAAUAUGUUAUUCAUUCAAUUUUUCAAACUAUCAGUAUCAUUUAGCCAUUAAAUUUUUUAAUUGAA